AUGAAGCAAGCUAGGUGUAAUGCCGAUUUGAUUUUUGCAGCGAAAGAAAUGGACAUUGUUUGCCCGGGCUCUGGCGGAGUUACCGACGUUAAGACUUCACAAGUUUGCAAGCUCGAAUGUAUAGCAGCACAUGCGAUUCCGCCAGAAAUUACCUGCACUUCUGGGGGAUGGGACUUUUCUGAUUCGCCUGUCUGCGAUGCUACAGCUGGAGGAGUCAACCCAGCCGGGCAAAUUGGAUUGAUUAUUUUCAUCCUUGCGUCUCUUUCUAUUGGCACUUUCUUCUAUCAAAGACACAGGAGAAAAAAGGAACAAGCAAAUCCACAAGCGAAAGAAGCUAAAACAACAGAUGGAAACACUGACCAUAAAUACUUCGACAAAAAGACAGUCGUCGGAAUGGGCAAAGACGGACUUGAUAAUUUGCAGACUGUGAAGGCAAAUGCACUCAGUCCCCUGCCACAGCCAAAAUCGGAAAGCGUCACAAAAGAGAGUUCAAGUGAAAAAGUUGCCUCUUUGGGAAGGAGAAGCCACACGGCUAGAUAUUCGGAUAUUAAGAUUUCAGAGAACUAA